AUGGCCGAUCCAACAGACUUGAAGGAGCUGGAGGCUGUAGCGGCCAACCAAACAGACUUUAAACAGCCUCUCACGCAUUAUGACACUGUACCGGAUGAGUAUUCGCCAGAAGACGAUACCACCCGCGAAGGCAUGAUCAAGAGGGAUAUGUGGCUUGAGAAGAUCAAAACUAAAAGGGAUGACCAAGACUUUGGAUAUGACAUCUCCGGUAAUGGUUUUCAAUACAUCCCAAGCAAAAUCAGCUUGGGAUUGGCUGUUUGA